UAAAGUAUCUCUGUUAAAAGACAUCACUUGUCCAUUUCUGACUUGGAAUAUUAAAUGCUAGAGGCUGUGAUUGCCAUUCUGUAAAGAUAGAAACCUAAAUACUCUUGUUCUCUUUCUGUGACUGACCUCUUAAUGUUAAUUUCCAGAGUAGAAGCUGUUCAUGCUUGGUGCACCGUGAAUUCUUGAAAUAAUUAACCAACAGUAGCUUUAUUUGUACAACCUCACACCGAAAGAAGAAAGAAAAUGCCUUGUUCAGAGUUUUCUUUUCAUGUACCAAGUCUAGAGGAGCUUGCUGGAGUUCUUCAGAAGGGGCUACAAGAUAACUUUGCUGAAGUCCAGGUUUCUGUAGUUGAUUGUCCUGAUUUGACUAAGGAACCAUUUACCUUUCCUGUAAACGGCAUCUGUGGGAAAACUAGAAUUGCAGAAGUAGGAGGCGUGCCUUACUUAUUGCCUCUUGUAAACCAAAAAAAAGUUUAUGAUCUGAAUAAAAUUGCAAAAGAAAUCAAGCUGCCUGGAGCUUUUAUUCUCGGAGCGGGGGCAGGUCCAUUUCAGACUCUUGGGUUCAAUUCUGAGUUUAUGCCAGUGAUUCAAACAGAAAGUGAACACAGACCUCCUGUGAAUGGAAGUUACUUUGCCCGUGUUAACCCAGAAGAUGGAGGGUGCCUACUAGAGAAAUACAGUGAGAAAUAUCACGAUUUUGGGUGUGCAUUACUGGCUAAUCUCUUUGCCAGUGAGGGCCAAGCAGGCAAGGUCAUUGAGGUGAAAGCCAAAAGAAGAACUGGACAACUUAACUUUGUGACUUGUAUGAGACAAACUCUGGAAAAACAUUAUGGAGAUAAGCCUGUAGGAAUGGGAGGUACUUUCGUGAUUCAGAAGGGAAAAGUGAAGUCUCACAUAAUGCCUGCAGAAUUUUCUUCCUGCCCCUUGAAUUCUGAUGAAGAGAUGAAUAAGUGGUUGCAUUUUUAUGAGAUGAAGGCUCCUUUGGUUUGUCUACCAGUUUUUGUCUCCAGAGACCCAACUCUGCCUCCCGUUCCUACUGACUACAAGAGAAAGGCAGCCAGACUUUUUUUGCCAGGAAGAGGACAAAUAAACCUGAAAGAAGAACUGUCAUCCAAGCCAGGCACGGUGGCUCAAGCCUAUAAUCUUGGCACUUUGGGAGGCUGAGGU